UUUACGCAAUGAACGCCGUGAAAACGAUUUUUGUGGUUUUAGUAGUAUAUGUGUUUGAAUAUACGGAAACAGCAAGAAUUCUGGGUGUAUUUCCAACCCCUUCAAUUAGCCAUCAAAUUGUUUUUCGACCUUUAAUGCAUGAAUUGGCAAAAAGGGGACAUAAUGUUGUUGUUAUCACUCCCGAUCCAGCCUUUCCUCGUGGUCAAGCACCAGAAAAUUUAACUGAGAUAGAUGUCCAUGAUGUAUCUUAUGCAAAUGUAGAGAAUCUCGUUUCUUCAUAUAGAGGAAGAAAAGAAUAUUUUUAUCUGCAAUUUAAGACAUUUCUGGAAGAAAUUUCAAAAAUUAUGGAAGUACAACUUCAAGUACCCGCUGUUGCAAAGAUUUUGAGACAGGAGAAAAACAAAUUUGAUUUAAUAUUUAUUGAAGCAUGUUCAAGAACCGCGCCAGGAUUUAGUCACGCUUUAAGUGCACCAAUGAUUCAAAUAAGUUCAUUAGGGGUGUCACCAGCUCAUUAUUUUUUAGUUGGUGCUCCAAUACAACCAUUUCUCUAUCCCACUGUAAUACAACAGCGUGUUCACAACUUAACUUUAUCUGAAAAAAUUUAUGCAGUAUUUUUGUUAGUCAGAAUGACUUUUCUUAUUUUCCUGACUGAAAAAAAAGAUCAUGAUUUAGCAAAAAAGUACUUCGGAGAAGAUUUGCCUGGUUUUGAAGAUCUGUUGUUAAAUAACAAUCAAAUGUUAUUUAUUAAUGAACACCCUCUUUGGGCCGGUAAUAGGCCAGUUUCAUCUAACGUUUUAUACAUUGGAGGUUUACAUCAGACAGUCGAUAAACCUUUACCAGAGGACCUGCGAGCAUAUCUAGAUGCUGCAAAAAAUGGUGUUAUUUACAUAAGUUUUGGUACUAAUGUAAUGCCAUCAAUGCUCGAUCCCAAGAAAAUAGAAAUUAUGGUGAAUGUAUUAUCACAAACAUCAUUCGACGUUCUUUGGAAAUGGGAUGGCGACUUACCAGGACAAUCAGAAAACAUCAGGACAUCAAAAUGGCUGCCGCAAUCGGAUCUAUUAAAGCAUCCAAACAUAAAACUUUUUAUCACUCAAGGAGGCUUACAAUCAACUGAUGAAGCUAUUAACGCUGCUGUUCCUCUUCUUGGAAUUCCAUUGAUUGCUGAUCAAUGGUAUAAUGUUGAGAAAUACGUUUAUCAUAAAAUUGGAGAAUACAUUGAUUUCGAGAGCAUGGAUGAAGAUAUUCUUAGAAAUACGAUUGAAGCUAUAACUACCAAUCAAAAAUAUAAGGAUAACAUAUUAAAUCUCAGGGCUGUAAUGCGUCAAUAUCCUAAGAAGCCUUUGGAACUAGCUGUGUGGUGGACAGAACACAUUAUCAAAUAUGGAGGUGACCACUUAAGACCUCCAAGUGCUGGGAAGUGGUUUCUGGAGUACUACGAGAUAGAAUUAGUUUUAAGCGUUUUGUCCCUUUUGAUUAUUCUAAUAUUUGUUUUAUGUUCAAUAAUAUUCCUACUAUUCUUUUAUAUUAAGAGAUAUGUUAAAGUGAAAUUACAGAAUAAAAAUAAAGAAGAGUGA